GGUGUUUGUUUGUGGUAACACAGAUAUAAAGACGGCAGAUUAUCAGGGAGGUUUGGUCAGAAAGCGGUUGCAGCUCUGCAGUUCCUCUUCCCGAUGACGCAGACCACGGAGGGAGCUGAGCUCUGCUUUCCACAACUCCUCAACUCCUCCUGCAGGAAGCCGGAGCCUCCUCGCUCGGAGGCUCUGCUCGUUUACAUCCUGCUGUUCGUCAUCUCGCUGCUCACCACCGUUCUCAACCUGCUCGUCAUCAUCUCCAUCUCUCACUUCAGGCACGUGAACCUUCACACACAUUGUGCUGUUUUAAGAUUCAAGAUGACUUUUGCUAAGUUAUGUUAUCAUAAGUUGAAUUGGUUGCUGGUGGAUAUUAUUGGGAAUCACAUUAACAAAGAUGAUGUUUUUUGUCACCGCAGAGAGCUCCACACCCCCACCAACCUCCUCCUCCUCUCCCUGGCCGUCUCAGAUUUCCUUGUCGGCCUCUUGGUGAUGCCAGUUGAAAUCCUCAUGACUUUGAGCUGUUGGGUGCUGGCUGACCUGAUAUGUCCGGUGUACUACCUGCUGCCCUUCAUCAUACUAUGCUCCUCCGUGGUGAACAUGGUGCUCAUAUCUUGCGACCGCUAUGUGGCAAUCUGUUACCCUCUGCACUACCCCGCGAGAGUCACUCCAAAAGUCAGCACAGUAUGCGUUAUCCUGUGUUGGGUUUAUUCCGUUAUCUACAGCGUGCUCAUUUUAUUUGACAACCUGAAGCACCCAGGCAGGUAUAACUCCUGUCACGGGGAGUGCGUGGUCCACAUUUCAGGCACUGUUGAUCUUGUCGUUAAUUUCCUCGUUCCCGUCAGCAUCAUCAUACUCGCGAAUGGGAGAGUGUUUGUCGUGGCUGUGAGCCAGGCUCGGGCCAUGAAGACAAAUGUGAAAGUUAGAGUUAAAAAGUCCGAGCUCAAGGCAGCAAAGACACUUGGCGUUCUUAUCGUUGUGUUUCUGAUGUGCUACUCUCCAUUUUAUAGUGUCGCUCUCACGGGCCACGACAUCUUCGUCGGCUCCUCGGUGGAGGUCUUUAUGGUUUUUCUGAUGUAUUUUAAUUCCUGUUUGAACCCCAUCAUCUAUGCCCUUUUCUACCCCUGGUUUAAAAAGACCACUAGACUCAUUGUUACACUGCAGAUACUGAAGGCGAACUCCUGUGGGGCCAAACUACUGUGAAUAGAUGAAGUAGAAGCUUAUGUCUUGCAUAUGUGCAGUAUAUUUUAAAAAGUGUACACGCAUCACUUGUACAUAUCUAAACUCUUGCACAUCAACACACCCAAACCGCAGUCUUAGGUCUUCCACUUCCAUCCAGCUCACUGUGCCGCCGGUCCACUUGACCACCAUGGGGUCUAGAGCCUUCAGCUGCUCUGUUUGUGAAUAAAGUCUUAACUGUCGAGGAAAAAAAUUGAAAUACCACAAGCACUUUUAGCACAUAUUAUUAUUGACAACUUAAUCUGGAAGAAACGUUGCUGUGACAAUGGGUUUUUGCACAUGAACGUCAACGUGUGUCCUGUCACGAUAACGUACAAAUGCAAACAACCGUUAAUUUAAUUUUGAGAGAUUUGCAGUUAACGAAGCUAGCGUAUUUAUUUAACAUUUCCACAAUAAAGUCGAAAUGUUAAAUAAAUAAAUAAAAUCGUCACCCUCAUUAAUAAAAAAUUUAAAUCUUCCCCCUCAUUUUUUUUCUUAUGCCUGGCCCUAAUGCUCUUCCGUACCUUGAGUGUUCUGAACGGGUGCCUAAAA